AUGUCUGACGUCGCUGAGACUAAGCCCGACCCCACCACCGCCGCUCCUGAGGACAAGAAGCCCGAGGAGACUACCACCGGCGAGGGUGAGAAGUCCGUCACCGAGGCUGCUACCGAGACCGCAAAGGAGGCAGCCGACACUGCCAAGGAUGCCGCUGUGAAGACCACUGACAGCGUGUUCUCCAUGUUCGGUGGCGGCCCCAAGAAGGAGAAGAAGGAAGAGGUCGACGAUGCCGAUGAGCCCUCUGGCUCUUCCAAGGCCAAGAAGGCCGAGGACGAGGAGGAGACUGUCGAGGAGUCCCCUGAUGUCCACUUUGAGCCCGUGAUCCACCUUACCGAGAAGGUCGAGACCAAGACCAACGAGGAGCUUGAGGAGCAGGCCUUCAAGAUGCGCGCCAAGCUCUUCAAGUUCGACCGCGAGUCUAAGGAGUGGAAGGAGCGUGGUACCGGUGACGUCCGUCUGCUCAAGCACAAGGAGAACCACAAGACCCGUCUCGUCAUGCGCCGUGACAAGACCUUGAAGGUCUGCGCCAACCACUACAUCGUCCCCGACAUGAAGCUCAGUGCCAACGUCGGCAGUGACCGCAGCUGGGUCUGGAAUGCCGCCGCCGAUGUCUCCGAGGGUGAGCCCGAAGCUCAGACCCUGGCCAUCCGUUUCGCCAACAGCGAGAACGCCAAUGCCUUCAAGGAGGCCUUCGAGAAGGCCCAGCAGGAGAACGAGAAGCUCUUCGCCGCUCAGGAGUAA